AUGGGUAGAAAACAUAACAACCAGCUAGGGAAAAGAAGGGCCCCCGAUGAUCUCGAAGUCUCGCCAUCACGGCUCGGAGGUGCAGAUGUCAGGGCCAUUAGGCCAUUUAGCUCUAUCAGUGAUACCGCGGACAACACCACGAGAACACAGGAUCUGGUCGGCCUGAACGAGGCGUCAAGAAACAUAAACCGUGCUGAAUACUCAGGAAUCCUGACAAAGGACUCAGUAAUAGCCAUCCAGUCACGAAUCACCCCUUCAGACACAGCGCAGAUGCCCGAAGAUGCUCUAGAACAGCAAACAAAGUUCCUGGUAUCCGCGUCAAAUCAGCCGAACAUGGCGCCUGUUUGGGUCCCCUUCCAGAUCUUUCAAUCUGCAGCAUCCUUCUUAACGCACAUGGCAGAGGAAUGCAACAUCCACGAAUGGGACCCUAGCGCUCAACUGAGCAAGGAGAUCUCCAAGUGGGACAGCAGCCCUCCCGCAUCGCAAGCAGUUGUGGCGGCGUCCGUCAAGUUCGAGUGGUCUGAGUUUUUCAUAAGGGUACGCCAGGGCAGGGAUGACGACUGGGAAUUUGUCAUGCAGGAACUUCGCAAUUCAUGGAGAGCCAAAGGCAAGGAUGGAAGUGAGGCUGGAAACCAGCGACUCCACAUCCGUGUCAUGCUUCAUGUUGUCUCCUGA